AAAGAAGCAGUCGAGUCAUUCUUGGUUAGAGAAUUGCACUGUCAUUUGAAUAUUAUCAGUUUCAUAAGCAGUGUGGAAGGCUGGAAAGUGUUGGCUGUUAUUAUUGAAGAAGGCAAACUUGAACCAUGCCUAUCGACUAUUUGGGUUUUGCUUAUGCCGCUACAGUGGCAGCUGGUGGCAUUGUUGGUUAUGCGAGAGCUGGUAGCAUACCUUCUUUGGGUGCUGGCCUUCUGUUUGGAAGCAUACUGUGUUAUGGAGCUUACCAAACAUCUCAAAAUCCUAACAACUACUUGUUGCUGUUGGGAACCAGUGCUGUACUAGGAGGCCUCAUGGGUUACAGAUUUUACAACUCCAGGAAAUUUAUGCCUGCUGGACUAGUGACAAUCUUAAGUGUUGGAAUGGUUUUGAGAAUUGCAGCAAAAAAUGCUGGCCUACUUCAGACAAAGCCUGUUGAAUAGUUCUUGUUUUUUCAUUCAUCUGACCAUGCACUUAUGCAAGGUGGCGUUGUAUUUAAUAAAGUAAAAUAUCUAUACCAUAUAUCAUGAUAAUUUUUGUACUUGCUUUGUUUUGAAAUAAAAUGGUUAAGGCAUA